AACGCGCCCGUCGCGCCAUCCCGCUCGCACCGACUGGCCGCUCCGCCUUUGUCUCUCCAUUAUUCCCCACAAACUACACAAACUCCACAACUCGCUCGGCGUAAUUUUAAUUCGAAUCAAUUUGUUUGUCGCCGCCGCUGCACAGAGUUCGGCCCUCUGCCCAGUGGGCCGCCGAUCCGCUCCACUGUGCACCCGCUGCCGCAUCCCACUGUGCGGCCAGGACACUGGUUUUUUUGUUCGUGUGACUGUGUGUGUGUGCCUCGUGAAUUUCGGGUUCCAAGAGCUAAGCGAAGUUAACCGGAAGAUCCUGCAGAUCUAACGGAAGCUAACGGUAACCCCAGGAUAACAGUUGAAUCACAAAUGCCCAUGAGUGAACAAUCAAGUUAAAAGGUAGAACUUCAAAGGACCUUGACAAUAUCUGUUCAAUGAUAACGAAACUAACUGAAAGUUAAAGUUAAAGACAACUAACCUGCAGUUUAAACAUGGCUAGGAACUAAACCAAAAGCUACUACGAAGUCCAUUAAGGAAUAUGACAGAAAAGUGUUAAAGUGACUAAAUUUAAAUUUAAAAAUAACUUUGCAGAAAGAAAAAAAGGAAGAAGUUACAACUUAAAAUAUUUUUUUUUUUCUAAAAAACAAAGCAACCGCAAGUUAGCCUAAAAAUGGAUCAGCUGAUCAAACAGCUGCAGCUGGCAGCCGCUGCCCAGGCGCAGGUGCAAGCUCCGCACUCGCAUCCGCACUCGCAUCCGCAUGCGGCAUCCGCCCUGCAGCUUUAUGCGGCAGCAGCCGCCGUCAACCUGCGAGUGCCCGGCUGGUCGCCCUUCCUCAGCCUGCCCCUCGGUUCGCAGUCCCCGAAUCCGGGGGAUUCCCCGACAUCCGCAUCCAGCUCGUCCUCCGUCUACAUGCUCCGCCAGAUGGCGCUGAUGCAGCGGGCCAAUGCCGCGGCCGCCGCAGCAGCGAUCCAGCAGCAAAGGGAUCGGAACCGGAACUGGGAGCUGGGGGAGAAUCAGGAUCUGCAAUCUUUCAAAUUGGAACCACUACCGUCCUUUAAAAACCAGGACAAGCCAACGAGGGAACCUGAAAGCUCGCGCGGAUAUCCGCACAACAUCCGCGAGGACUCUAGUCAUGAGGACAAUGACAGCGAGGAGUCGGCCUUUAUCAAAGUUGGCGAGGGAGAACUGAAAUCCAGUCAGGAACCGGAUGAGGAUGCGGAGUCCUCGAAGCGGAGGCGCUGCAGGACCAACUUCAACGCCUGGCAGCUGGAGGAGCUGGAAAGGGCCUUCCUGGGAAGCCACUAUCCGGACAUAUUCAUGCGCGAGGCCCUGGCCAUGAGGCUCGACCUGAAGGAGGGUCGCAUAGCGGUUUGGUUCCAGAACCGUCGGGCCAAGUGGCGUAAGAAGGAUCACACCAAGAAGGGUCCCGGAAGGCCGGCGCACAAUGCCCAGCCGCAGAGCUGCAGUGGAGCUCCCAUUCCACUGACCGAGCUGCGGGCCAGGGAGAGAGCCCAGCGCAGGAAGCGGAUGAAGAAGGCGAUUGACCGGCAGGCGAGGAAACUGCGUCUCAAAGGGAUCGAAGUGGACUACGCCCGGCUCAGGGCGGACUACCUGGCUGCCCACAAGGACAACUGGGAGGAGGAGGAGGAGGGGGAGGGGCAGGAGCUGCACCUGGAGGAUGCGGAGUGCUAUGGCGAGGACGAUCUGCCCAUCGAUGUGGUGGGCGAGGGCCAGGAGGACGUGACCGGCGACAGUCAGGACAACUCCUUCUGCUCCUCGAGGACCUAUCCGAAGAGCUCUGGCAGCGAACUGGAUCCCGACGAUGUGGGGGUGCCGAUCAAGCUGGAACAGGGCCCUUCUCCCACCACGCCCAAGGCCCUCUACAGCUCCCCCUUCAGCAUCGAAUCCUUGCUGGGCUCAUAGCGUCAAAUGGCUUGCACACACAUGUGAAGUAGGCUUACAAUCUCGGUGGCUAGCUAAGUACUAAGUGCAAAUAUA